UGUAUAUCACAUUGAAGACGCAAACGACACACACCGAACACGACAUUUUUUUUGACGUAAAUUCUCGCGACAAACUGAGAAAAACAUACGAAACGAGUAAAAUAAAUAACACACAAAUGUCGUUCGAUACAAAUAAUUGUUGGUGUUUGUUGUUUUAAAUGAAUUUACAAAUUGGGCGAUUUGGUGUGCAAAGUGGAGUAUUGGUUGGAAAAUAGGAAAUUAAUCGGAAAUUAAAAGCGUGUGGUGUGUGCUCUUUUUUAAGAAAAAAAAAAGAAUAAUAUAUUUGUUUGUGUGUGUAAUGGAAAAAGAAUUGCAAAAUGCAUUCAUAUCUAUAGCACACAGGAUCGACACACCAGCUGAAAUCAAUUUAGAGAAUUAGUGAGACCAACACACAUCAAAUCAAACACAGAUUAUGUGAAUGACAAAAGCAGAAAAAUCACACAAAAUAAAACGUGAAAUUAAAAACAGACAAACAAACAGCCCGAUAGACAACAAUAUAUAAUCAUAAAAUUAGAGAGACAUUUACAACGGAACAUUGGAGCAUAAGAGAAUAAGAGACGGAGCGAGCGCACGUCACCAAGGCGAAAAAGAGUAAUACAAUACACAGCUGAACGAGUCGUCUAUCGUUCAGUGAGACUGACGCACAUGAGAAUCAUUUUAGAACGCAAGUGACGUUCAACGUGACAACAGCACAUAUUCUGUGUGGUGGAAAAGCAACAGUGUGGGAAAAGUGUGCGAAUGAAAUUGUGUGUUGUUUUUCAUUUUCAACAACAAUCUUAUUUAAACUUUUUUUUUAUUCCUUCGGCUCUGACGAUUGCUUCAUUCAACUUUAUACAUGUGAAGCCACUUUUUUGAGAGAGAGAAAUAAUCACACACGACCAAAGGCGAAAGAAAAACACAAGCACACAAAGCGAAGAAGAAAUGAAAAACACUCAUGAAGAAUUAAAUAAAAACGGAUCUGAAAAUAGAUAUUCUUUACGCCAAUUUAAAUAAAAACAAAAUUGAAUCGAAAGAAGAAUAAGAGAAGAAAUGUACACUGUGAUUCUAAAAGUAAAUUGUGUGUGAUAAGAAAAAAAAAACAAAUAAAAGUGUGAAAAAUUCUUUUUUGUAAAAAAACUCGAAAGGACUUUCACGACAAAUUCAAAAUAUCCAAACAAAACGAAAAAGAAAAAAAAAAUCCAGUGAUCGAUUCCCGGUGUUUAAAUGUGCAAAGGAAACGGUUUACAUAAUUUUUGCGGCAGAUCGAGCGAAUUGUGAACGACGUUGCAUGUGAAUGUGCAACAAACGAAUUUCGACAAAUGUGAAAACAGUAGCAAGAAAAAGUUCUAGAUUUUAGAGAAAGAAGAAAAAAACUAAGCUUAAUUGUUGUUGUUUUUUUAAAGUUUGACAAGCAGUGUGUACCAAAGAGCCAACGUUUUUCUUGGCGUUUGCAAUAUAUCAUAAUAAUAAUUUCGAAUUUUUUUAUCGGCAACAUUUUUUGUUUGGAUGCCUAAACACAAAUCAAUGGUCGGUGUAUUCUUUUUCGCGAUUCGACGACAUGCAUUAUCGAUUUAUCGUCGUGUGUUGAGAGAGUGAAUGAGAAGAAACGAAACAAAACGAAACAUAGAAGAAAUUUAAUUUUUAUUUUUCAAAAGAACCAACAACAAAAACAAUAAUUUGAACAAUACAAUGUUGAAACUGCGGCCAAACAAAACAACAACAUCGACAACAAACAUGAGCAUACCGAUGGUUGGCCUGUUACGACACGUUAGCUCAUUUCUGUACCAGUUGUUUAUCAUCGUUUCUGUAACACUAAUACCAUGCACAUUGAACGUACGACAUGGUGCAUUCGCGUGUGCAUCUGCCGUUUCGACAACUUCUUCUUCAUCGUCAACUUCACCAGCGACGUCGUCGUCGUCGUCAACAACAUCGUCAUCGUCGGCAGCAGCGACAGCAGCAGCAGUAGCAGCUGAAAAUAAUUAUGAAUUACAAGCAACACACUUAACUAUCGAUUCUUCGAUAAUGAUGACGGUCGAUAAUAAUAAUGAUUUGUCACAAUUAACGUUCGAGCCAAAUUUUUUGCAUUUCGAUGAAUUGUCGGUGGGUGAAACGGCAAAUAAAGUGGUCACAAUAUUCAAUCGUCAUGUAAAUCGUAGCGUGUAUCUUGGUUCAAUAUCUGGUUCGGUGGGUGAUUUUUAUAGUUCAUUUUUCGAAGAAAAUCUUGUGCCACCAAUGGGCAAUACAACAUUUAACGUUGUCUUUUUGCCACGACAACAAGCCAUCAUUCAAGCGCAUCUCAUCAUUCACACAUCAUUUGGUGUACUAAAUUAUGAAGUAAAAGGUAAAGGUGUUGAAUGUCCGUAUCGUUUAAGUCCAUUGGUUGGUUUAAAAGCACCAUUGAAUGCAACACUUAUGCCAGAAAUUUAUAUGUACAAUCCAUACAAUACGCCAUUACAAAUUGUCGAAGUCUAUUCAAGCGGUGGACAAUUUCAAUUAGAAUUGCCAACAAACGAUGUUGAUGAUUCGAAUGAUGCGAUCAGUGCCGGCACCGCCAAUACACCAAACACAGAACGAUCACAAACAUUAUGGGAAAUACCGCCACAUUGUUCGAAACCAGUAAUUCGUGUACGAUUUACAGCAACACACAGCGGCAACUCGACCGCAUAUAUUCGCAUAAAAGUGUCAGCGAGAAAAAAUGCGGCACUUGAAAAGGCUGUCAUUGUAUUACCAAUUGAAGUCGAAAUAUUCAAAGAGCAUGGCAUUUAUGCGAGCAUACCGUUUUUAAAUUUUGGCCUUAGCGGAACAAAUGAUCGACCGAAAAGUGUGACAUUUCGUUUAUUAAAUUCGGGCAUCGAAUUGUACGAUGUGAUCGGAUAUUCGGUGGAAGCUGACGAUAAUGUACGGAAUGGCAUCACAUUGGAAAUGAAUACGAGAGAGACAACCAAUGAAACAUAUCAAACAAUGACAGCAACUGUGGAUUGGUCCCGAAUAUCGGCCGAACAAUUUUUUCGCGGUAAUAUUUUGAUUCAAACACGUGGAAAAAAUGCAAAUGUAGAUGCACAAGCGGCAACAAUGAAAUUAUCACGAUUUCAAUAUCGAAUACCAUUUGUCGGUGGUAUUUUACGCGGUUCAAUACAGUACAAUGAGUCAUUAACACGAUUUCAUCAGUCCAGCACCAGAAGCAGCAGCAGCAGUAGCAAUAGUAAUAACAUACAUUCGGCGUCAGCAUCGUUAUCGUUACCAUCGUCGCCGUCGUCGUCGUCGAAUGAUAAAACCAAUGUAGUUCGUGAUUUUCGCAUAAAAAAUAACUUUGACGUUGCAUUGGCCAUAACAAAUUUAACAAUGUCACCCGAUACGCUCAUCUAUUUUCGUGCCGAUAAUUUCAAAUCAAAAUUAUUGGCGCCCGGUGAAGAGUCGACUAUUUUUCAAAUUGUACAACAACCAGCAGCUGCACAUCAUUCAGUUACACGUUCAUUUCAUUUGCAUACAAAUGUCAGCGUCUAUGACAUUGAAUUGUUCAGUUUUAAUGGUUUACUUAAACGUUUGCUACCAAUUACCGAACAAACAACCGCCGACAUUAUCAACGAUAUGACGAAUCUGAGCGAUGAUGAUGGUGACGGUGAGUCUGCAAUCGGUUUCGAUGAGAAGACCAUCAAUUUUGGCAUUUUACCCUUAUCAACACAAUCACAAAUAAUGUUAGCGCUUGUUAAUCAUAAUCCAAUUCCAAUAAAUAUUCACAAUUGGAAAGGUACGAUAUCGAGUGCAGCACAUAUUGGCAUCACGGUUCCCGGUUGCAGCAAACUCACCAUGAAAGGUUUGAAAUUUUGUAACAUUGUCAAACCCGGCGAAUGGAUUGUUUUCCAAAUCGGUGUCACAUCCAACACUGUCGGUACAUUCGAUGGAAAAUUCACCGUUCAAACACCAUUCGAAGUAAUCAGUACGCCGAUAAAAUUCAGCACCGAUAUGGGCAUUCUUAAAUUUACCACACACAUGAUCGAUACCGAACAUUGUUUUCCGGGUGGCGUAUGUAAGGUAAAUUUAACGGCAUAUUCAACAUUCACACGAUCGAUGCACAUAAAAACGAUUCAUGUGAAUAAUAUAUGUUUGGAUAAUGUGUCAUCGAAGAUAGACAACAGUGCCUCAAUGAUGGAGCUAAAAGACAUGGAUGGAUAUGAUGAAUGUCAUGCGACAAAUGUAUCUCGUGUGGAUAAUAGUGGCCAUAAAAAUGAUGUCAACGACGAUAUUGAUCCAUUGUCCGUGCAACGAUCACCGUAUGUAAUUUAUGAAGAUGGUGAAAAACCGGUGAUACUAGCGCAAAGCGAAUCAUUUAUUGAUCAAUUAAAAGUGGCGAUACCACGAAUCUGUGAUGAUCGUUGUGCAUUGGAUGUCACACAAAUGGAAGAAACAGUCGAAACAAAUCGGCAACGCAUUUUAUUACUAAAAAAGCAAUUAGAUCGAUUUCAUGCCCUGUCCGCCAAAUUUCAAAAGCUAACAUUUCACGUGCAAACCAAUCAUAUCAAGCGUUACGAUUUUAAUGGUAGCAUUGAUAUUGCAUGGCCAAAAUUGAUAAAGACACCAAUUGAAUUUGCAAUUUCACAAGUUGGACACGAGCUCAUUAAAACCAUUGACAUUUUUAAUCCAUUCGAUGCACCGCUACAAAUUCAUUAUUAUUUACACGAUGGCAAAAAAUUUGGCGUUGAUGAUAUUGUACAACAAUUACCGCCCGAUAUUAUUGACAUUUCAACAAAUAAACAAAUCACCGAGGAUCAUGUAUUCACCCUGGAUACCUUCGGAAAUCAAUUCAAAUCCGAUAUUGUUGUGAUACCGGCAAAAACAUAUCAUAGAAUCACGGUAAAAUUUAUGUCGGAAAAUGCGGGCAGCUAUGGAACCAUCUUAUGGAUACGGAACAAUGUUACAGUACUGGAAGCGACAUGGAUCACCGCAAAAUCGGUGGUGCCACAAUUUAAAUUUGGCAAUCGAAAGCCCGGCUCAAAAACACCGUUACUCUUUGAAUUGACCGAUAAACAUUUGCGCGACUGUAAUCAUCCGAAUAUAAAUAUGCGAUCGGUUACAGCAAAACGAACAUUUACCGCAAAGAAUAGCGGUGAAGUACCAAUUUAUAUGCAUGGUCUUCGCAUCGAUGAUUUACCAUGCGAAGGUUAUGGUUAUCGUAUAUUGGAAUGUAUGCCAUUCGAAUUGCCACCGAAUGGUUCGAAAAAAAUUGAAAUUUCAUUUACGCCCGAUUUUACAUUGGCCAUGGUUAAGAAAACGUUGUACUUAGAAACAUCGUUAAAUUAUUCCGUCAAUUAUACAUUGCACAGCAUAAUUGCGCCGUUAUCGCUGGGCGUGUGCAGCAAAGCAUUGGCACGUCCCGAAUGGGAAUCAAUGAUGAAAAAUGUGACAGCCGUUGUAUUAGCCGUAUCAUUUGUGUGCGUUUUAUUUGCUGCCUACUUAGAUUCAAUGAAAGUACUUAAAGUGCAUGUCGAAAAUAUAUCAAAAGCAAAAGGAUCACUGCAACCGGCAUUGGAUUUACGGCAAAUUAGUUUAAAAACCUUAUUUUUCGAUGAUGUGACAAAGGGUGGCGGAACCGUUUCUUCGGUCAACACGGCUACACCUUCGAAUAGCACUGGAGGUGCAAAUUCAUCAGCAAAACAAUCACCGUCAACACCAUUGUCAUGCAAUUCGAAAACAAAUGGCAGCAUUUGCAAAAAGAAAAUGACCGAGAAAAAACGAACAUCAUGUCCAUCGAGUUCGGCAUCGACCGAAGUAAUAACACCGAAAAAAUCCUACAUUACCGAAAUUGCAAAGAAAUUUACACCGAAAAAAUCGGACACCAAACCAAAAAUGGAACAAUCGAAAGCGAAAUGUUCAUCGCCACCAUUGUUACCGCCAUCACAACAACAAACAACACCGACGACGACAACAGAUAAAAAGGAAAAACGCUCAAAGGAUGAAUACCCCCCAAAUGCAAACUAUGAAGAAGAGGAAACAUCAUCGACAACAACAGAGAGCUCAAGCCAUUCAGACGAUAAAUCACCAAAUGGUAAAACAAAAUUGAAAAAAUCAACACAAUCAAAAGAUCUCUCAGCCACACUGCCACCACCGAUCAAAGAUAAAACCAAAAGCGUUGUCAAAAAAUCGAAAAGUCUACCGUUACCUUAUGACUCACGUCGAAUGUUACCGUGUCAUUAUGAUAUGCCAUUAUCCACAAUAAUGGACCACAAUCAUGAUGAAUUGAAUGUUGACCAACAGCAUCAACACGAUUCAUUUGAAUUGAUCAAUGCCAAUUGCAAUAAUGACGAUGACGACGAUGAUGAUGAUGGUGGUGGUGGUGCAAAUUCAACAUUAAGUACACCGCCCAGCAAAUCGAAUCCAAUGAAACUAUUAAAUGGUAAAACGCCAGGACGCGAACGCAUCAAAACCAAUGAGAAUAAUACACAAAUGCCAUAUCGAAAAACAUCGGAUACCGAUUGUCCGACAUUUAAGAGUUCGACAUUUAGUUCGGCAUUUGAAUUUGCAUCACCGUGUGGUAGUCAUCCAUUGCUUGAUUUAGUUGAAAAAAGUAACCUGUAUGAACAGCCAGAUGGUAAAUAUAAAUUGGGUUACAGUGCAUCAUCGUCAUCAUCAUCGUCGGCCGUUUCUUUAUCGUCCGUUGUUAAAACACAAACCGCAAAUAAAACAAAUGGAAAAAAUGAGAAAAGUAAACAAACGACAACCAAAUCAAAACAUGAGGCUAAAUCGAAAGAACGGAAGAAUGCUAAGAAACAUACGUCAAAUGGUGGCGCUGGCAGUGGCAAUGGCACUGAUGGCAUAUUCUCUAGCAAAUCAUCAUUUGAAUAUCAAACAUCGGAUAGCAAAGUAUCGUCGCCGGAUUUGGGACCAAUUGGAACAAGAAAAUCGCCAUCAUCAACGCCAAUCCAAAAUUGGGAAUCAAUACAUUCAAUUCAAAGUCCAAUUCCACAAAGUAACGGCAAUUCACUGAACACUUUGGCUGGCACAUCGAAUAGCUUUUUUAGUGGCAUUUAUCCACAAACAUCAACCUAUCAACGUAAUGACAAUGUCCUGAACGGUGUACUAAAUCAACAUCAAUUGAAUUCGUCCGAACAACUUCAACAAUUGCGUCAACAGCAACAGCAACAACAACAAAAUGCCGAUUUGCUGCGAUAUUUGAAUGGCAUGUACGGUGGCAGCAGUAAUUUGGAACAGCACAAACCAAAUCUAUGGGAUCCAAACAUACUUUAUAGAUUAUUGCAACGUCAACAACAACAACAGCAACAUCAACAGCAAUUGGCUCAACAGAGAUUGCAAAGUGUUUACUCAUCGUCACCAAAUAGCCUAUGGAAUUCGAGCACUUUAUUUGAUUCGACGCCAUCAACAUCAUCCGCAUAUUGGUCAUCCAAUCCAGCGGCCGUAUCAAGUACACAUGAAAUUCGACCGCCACCCGGCUUUGGGCACACAACCACACGUGAUCCACGGACAUUGGCUGCACAAAAUGAGCUCCUCCUUCGAAACUAUCAACAACAAUUACUACAAAAACAGCUACAGGUGCAACAACAACAACAACAACAACAGCAACAGCAGCAGCAGCAGCAACAACAACAACAACAACAACAAAAUCAAACCGCCCAAAGCGAUUUGCAGUACGAUCGAAUGUUAAAUUCCCUCAGGCCAUCAGAUAAUUGGAACAGUAUUUGGUCAUCGGAUAAUAGUUGGAAUAACCAGAACAACAGUGAUCAAAACAAAAAAGCAAAAUGAUGACUCUCGUUCAUUCACAUAAACAUUUCAAAAUCGAUCAUUUCUCUUCUUUUUUUUAAACUUCAUUUUUAUGUUUAAACCGCCUUCAUUUAUUAUCGUUUUAUUGUCUUCUGCAAUUUUUUUUUACCCAAUUGAUUUGAAGACUUCCCCAAAAAAAUCGAAACACAUUUUCGUUUCAUAUGAAGUAAGAAAUGAAAACAAUUUAAAUUUUCAAUUUGAACAAAAGUUAUAAAUACCAAAGCACAUGAAAAAUAAUCUUAAUAGCAAUCAUUCAUACCAAACCACAACAACACUGAACUGAUCGAUUUGAAAGAAAACAGAAAUUGUUUACUCAAAAUAAUAUUUGCCGUAGCUAUGAUAAGCACUUCAUUCAAACCAGUUUUUAUUCCCAUAUUUUGCGUUUAUUUGUGAUCACUUUUGUUUUUUUUCACCGUAAUUAAUGCAUUUCUGUUAAAAUUCAUGCUUAUCGCAAUUUUGAGAGCUUCAACCAUAUUUACCGUUUUGAAACAACAACACAGAGUGUUCAAGACUAAAUAACAUUUGAAACCAAACACAUUAAGUAUUCGGAUGAUGAAUUAAAAAAAAAAAAUAACAACAACAUUUAAAUUCACUUGUAAUGAAAUAAGACUUUCAAGAAAAGGACUUGCGAAUUAUGGUCAAAUAAAGUCGACUGAAAAC